AUGGCCAUGGCCGCGCGGCCACAGACGCCCUCACAGGAUGCAUACAUGAUCCCGCACCCCAACGACCCGGGCGCUUUGAGUCGCGGAUAUGGUCCGCGCUCUACUCUUUCCCGACCGAGCUCUUUCGCCGGUAGCACUUCAUACCACUACGGCUCAGGCGCUCUGGACCCGCAGAUCCACAACCCCCGAUUCAAAGAGGACUUCGACACUGCCAGUCGCCGCAGCUCCGUCCUAUACGACGGCCCUGUUGGAGUGCAGCGCUCGGCCUCUACCAUGUCCCAUGUGCGCUCCCAGACCCCCACUCGUUCGGGCACCUUGCGGAAGAAGGCCUCCUUGAGCAAAAAGGGGAGCUUGCGCCGAAAUGGAAGUCGCAGGAGUCUGCGUGCGGGCAGUGUGAGGAGUCUCAGCUUGGGUGACCGCGAAAAAUACCACAUGGAGGGCUCCGACGAUGUCAACAGUGCUUUCUCCAUUCCCAUCCCUACCACCGGGAACCCGACCGAGAUGUUGGCAAACCGGUUCGGAGCCUGGCGCAAGGUCCUCAAGGAUCUAAUUCUUUUCUUCAAGGAAGUACAGAAAUCCUACGAAACCAGAGCGAAACUAUUCCUGUCGGCUUCCAAUGUCGUCAACAACCAGGUGCUUCCGCCGGGGUUCCUCGAGUCUGGCGGUUUGGGCGAUGCGACGGAGAUACUCCGAGACUUCCACCGACAGGGUUAUACAGAGGCCAACAAGGCCAUCGAGGUGGAGGUGGAGGUGAUUAGUCAAUUGACUGGUCUCCGGAGCGAUCUUCAGAAGAAAACCAAGGAGAUCAAGAGUCUUUCGGGUGAUUUCAAGAACACCGUCGAGAAGGAAAUCGACGGCACGCGCAAGUCUGUGCGCAACUUACAAGAGGCUCUUGGGCUUGUUGAUACCGACCCCUCCGCGACAUCGGGCAAGGGAGAUCCAUUCAUCAUGCGCCUGAAUGUCGAGAAGCAGGUCGAGAAGCAAAUCGAAGAAGAAAACUACUUGCAUCGGGCAUUCUUGAACCUAGAGAACUCUGGUCGAGAACUCGAGGGGAUCGUCGUGAGCGAGAUCCAAAAAGCGUACAAUGCUUAUGCUAGCAUCCUCCGGCGCGAGGCCAACGAGGCCCUUGACACAGUAGAGAAACUCCAGGCAGGACCCAUCUCCAUGCCCCAGGAUCAUGAGUGGAAUGCGUUCGUCGCCGAUACCGAAGAGCUCGUUGAUCCCCGGAUUCCUCUUCGGAAUGUGGAGAACAUCACUUACCCUGGUAAGGAUCAUCCGGCUGCUGCCGAAGUCAGGGCUGGCAUGCUGGAGCGCAAGAGCAAGUAUCUCAAGAGUUAUACUCCUGGCUGGUAUGUCUUGUCGCCGACACAUCUCCACGAAUUCAAGUCGGCCGAUCGUGUCGCAUGGCAGACGCCAGUCAUGUCCCUUUACCUGCCAGAGCAGAAGCUCGGCUCUCACUCACAGGAAGACUCUAGCUCACACAAAUUCCUGCUGAAGGGACGACAGACCGGCGCAAUGCACCGAGGCCACUCGUGGGUCUUCCGUGCUGAAUCCCACGAGACCAUGAUGUCAUGGUACGAGGAUAUCGAAGGUUUGAUUAGCAAGACCGGCGAAGCGCGAAACGCCUUCGUCCGCAAACACGUCCGAAGCGUGAGUGGCAGGUCGAUAAGCAAUGAAGUGAUGGAAGACGAUGAAGCCGAUCGCACCCCUUACUCCGCGGGCUCAGUGGUCAUAUCACAAGAUCGACCCACAUCUUCUCGCCAGGCCGGGGGUGCUUUUCCCAGCGAUGUCCAAAUCGACCGCCACCUCCAAGCACCCCUCUCCCCAUCUAGCGAGGACAGCUCCGCCGGUAGAGGAGACAUGCUAGCCGCUGCCGGAUCUUUCCCCGAUGGCUCCAGCCCCUACGACAACUCGCACCACGCAGCCAAUGAGGAAGACCCCGAUUCUCACCAAGCUUACGAUUCUGGGACGGUGAGAAAAUCUUCUCGUCCCAAGGUAAUGCAGCACGAUAGCUACUAUGGGGAUUGGAUCGGUCCAGCUGCCAUCGUCGCCAGGCAAAAGCAGGCCCAGCAGCUAGAAGACACGCCAGAUGACCGCGAGGUCCGAUCCGAUGGCGAUCAGGCAUCACUUGCCGCUAUCUCUGGCGUUGGUUUCGUCGAUCGCCGCGAUCACUCGGCCCCUCCUCAGGUGGCUCGUCGAGAAAGCGUGUCCACCGCCCCUACUAAUACCAAUGCGACGGAAUAUACAAAUAACACCAAUGCUACCUCGCUCGAUGAUACCAACGAGCUCCCCAAGAUCUUGACUCCUGGCCUCGAAAAUGGUAAUAUCCCACAAGCUGGAUCAGGGACAAUCUCAUCGGACCUGCGGCCCAAAAAUGACAGCAUCGCUGGCUUGGCCAUGAAGAUCCCUGGCCGUUAUCCCCCUACCAAUGUGGCGGCAUAA